CUGGAAGCUUCAGUUCGAAAAUAAUUGCUAUCAAGCCAAGGCGCGAGGAUCAACCCAGUCAUUGAGAGCUCUGUGCGGCUGAACGCACUAAGUGAUAGCUACUAGGUCUUACCGUCUCUAUCAGGAAUCUGCUAUUCAUUCGUCUAUUUCUUUAAGCAGUCGUUGAUCGCGAGUCUUUGAAAAAACAGAACCCUCUAGCAACAAGUUAUGGUGAAAUUCUUAUUUAGUCAGUUGGUAGUGGUCGCAAGGGUGAGUCAACAGGUUAAAUCGAGCACAACACUCAUGACGGGACAGAAAUGUCUUCAUCUCAAUCUCAUUAUCCCAUCCCAACGGCUACACACGACCAUUGCCUGUCGCUCCUUGCACUUAACGUUAUAUUCCCGACGCUAUUCCUUUAAGAGAAUUCUGCCUUCCAGACUGCAAACGACAUUAGAAAGCAAGGGUUCUUUGUUGACAGAAGUAACGAAACAUUUCCCAAACCAAGGGGGAUGCCAAGCAGGGUCAGGGAUGUGGUCUUUCGAUAAUUUCCGUUUCUAGGGAUUGACCUUGGCUAAUAUUGUAGGAGUGCAUCGUUGGCCGAGAAUGAACUAUUCCAUUGAGCUUUAUAAACGAUCUCCAUCCCCGUUG